AUGGCGCCCUCGCUCGAGGAGCCCGACGCCGUCCAGGACGUCCUGUCCAACCCCCUCAAGGCCAAACCGCAGCUCGUGGCCCCGGAGCCCGAGCACUGCCCCGGGCCCGAGUCGGAAAAGGCCGGCCAGGCCGACUCGUGCGCCGGGUGCCCGAACCAGGCCAUCUGCGCGUCGGCGCCCAAGGGCCCGGACCCGGACAUCCCGCUGAUCUCGGCGCGGCUGUCGGGGAUCCAGCACAAGAUCCUGGUGCUGUCGGGCAAGGGCGGCGUGGGCAAGAGCACCUUCACGAGCCUGCUGGGCCACGCCUUCGCCGCGCGCGACGAGACCACGGUCGGCAUCAUGGACACGGACAUCUGCGGGCCCUCGAUCCCCAAGAUGAUGGGCGUCGAGGCCGAGACCAUCCACGUCUCGGGCACCGGCUGGUCGCCCGUCUGGGUCACCGACAACCUCGGCGUCAUGAGCAUCCAGUUCAUGCUGCCCAACCGCGACGACGCCAUCAUCUGGCGCGGCCCCAAGAAGAACGGCCUGAUCAAGCAGUUCCUCAAGGACGUCGAGUGGGGCGACCUCGACUUCCUGCUGGUCGACACCCCGCCCGGCACGAGCGACGAGCACCUGAGCGUGAACAGCUUCCUCAAGGAGAGCGGCAUCGACGGCGCCGUCAUGCUGACGACGCCGCAGGAGGUCGCCCUGCUGGACGUGAGGAAGGAGAUCGACUUCUGCCGCAAGGCCGGCAUCAAGGUUCUGGGCCUGGUGGAGAACAUGAGCGGCUUCGUUUGCCCCAACUGCACACACGAGAGUCAGAUAUUCAGGGCGACGACGGGAGGAGGCGCGGCGCUGGCAAAGGAGAUGGGAAUUCCGUUCUUGGGCGAGGUCCCAUUAGACCCGCGGAUAGGGAGGGCGUGUGACUACGGGGAGAGCUUCUUUGAGGCGUUCCCAGACAGCCCGGCCUGUACAGCACUGAAAAAGGUCGUCAGGGGGCUCGGGGAACAAUUGGGCGUGGACCCCAAGCAGAUCCUCCCGGACGAAGGCUAG